AAACAUAAACGUGAGCAUAACAUAAACAUAAGCAUAAACAAAAACGCAAACUUAUAACGUGCAAACAUGUAAGCGCAUCCAACCGCUUAUACGCUCGUACGGGAUGCACAGAAGUCCCCUCACACGCAGCACGCCAUAAUCGCCCCGCGCUCGCCGCGCCAGCAUUGCCAAGGACUGAAACACCCCAGUUUGAAAGUAAAGGCCGCGGAAAAAUCGCAGCGAAGGGUACCAAGCAAAGAGAGCAAACCGGUAUAGAACACACGCCACGUGAUUGACACCUACAUGUACAAUUCCACAACUGUAAGAAAACCAAAAUGAGGAGAAAUAUACUUAGAAAUUUUUUCCUUAGCAAAAAAAAUGUCAAAAUUUUGGAUGUACACAAAAGGGAAUUCCUUAGCAAGCCUCUGUUAAAUAAUGGAAUGACACACCGGUGCAGUGUGCUCCUUAGAGGUAGUAACAACUGGCUUGCAAGAAGCCAAGGGAAGAAGGCAGCCUGCUUUUUCUCAACAGAGAAAGAUCAGUUGAGCUCCUUCAGCAAAGAACAGAUUGAGGAGAAGGUGUUGGCCGUGCUAAAAAAGUAUAUACCCCCCGAUGUAGAAAUUAAUUAUAAUGAAGAAUUGGAAAAAUGUAAAACGAAAGAUAAUAGAGCUUGGGACUUCCUGGAUACCGUCGAGUUUUUAAUAGAUAUCGAAUCUGAAUUUAACAUCACCAUACCGGACGAAACAGCGGACAACAUCAAAACUGUGCAAGAAGUAAUCGACUAUUUGGUUCAGCUGAACAUUAAGAAGACAUAGACUUCACCCUUUCGCUUCAUGCUUUGCUGCAUUAUUUUACGUACCUUUUUUCAACCCAGUGUUAACCACCAUGGUGAAUAUGUGAUAGCCAGUUUGUGAU